GGCGCCGGAAGUGGAGCCGUGUCACCCGGGAACUGUAGGCUCCGUUUCAUGUGGCUUAUUGUGUUUUUUGGGUGACGAUGACGAGUCUGAAGAUCCCGGUGAUCGACGUUCACAUCGAUAAUUUUGUUGAGCUCUGGCCGUCCAUGUUACUGGCGCUGAAGACGUCCACGUUUAUCGCGGUGGACACGGAGCUGAGCGGCCUGGGAUCCCGGAAGAGUUUACUGAACCAAUGUGUUGAGGAGCGAUAUAAAGCAAUAUGUCUGGCUGCACGAACCCGCUCCAUACUGUCCCUGGGGAUCGCCUGCUUCAAAGCACUCCCUGAAAAGGGGGAGGAUGCCUACCUGUGUCAGAUCUAUAACCUGACCCUGCUGUGUAUGGAGGAUUACACCAUAGAACCGCAGUCCGUCCAGUUUCUUGUCCAGCACGGCUUUGACUUCAAUAAGCAAUAUUCCCAAGGGAUCCCGUACCACAAGGGCAAUGACAAGGAGGAUGAGCGGCGCCUCCAGAGCGUCCGCACUCUCUUCCUUGAGCUUCUCCGGGCCCGGAAGCCGCUGAUCCUGCACAACGGCCUCAUAGACCUGGCGUUCCUCUAUCAAUGCUUCUACGCUCAGCUCCCAGACAAGAUGAUGAACUUCAUUGCCGACCUGUCGGAUAUGUUCCCGGCUGGAGUCUAUGACACCAAGUACGCCUCCGAGUUCGAGACUCGCUUCGUGGCUUCUUACCUGGAAUACGCCUACAAGAAAUGUAAACGUGAGAACAACAAACUGAUGGACUCCAGCAGCGGCCACCUGGUCAUGGAAUUCUGUCACUAUCCGGCUGCUAUGUCAGCGUAUGUGGAUUAUCGCCUGUGCACCUUCCCGGACCCAGUGGCUGCGGACCCCGCCACCGAGGCGCCCCACAUCUGCGAGAGGUUUUCUGCGUACGGUUGGUGUCCCAAUGGGUUUAAGUGCACACAGUCCCACAAUAUCGACCUGAUUAUCGAGGAGGAUGAGAAAUGCAAAGAGGAGAAGAAAAGGAGGAGACGGAAGAGAAAGAAAGUGGCUGAAGCUCCUGCGCAGAUGGAGUCUGAGCCCCCCAGUAAACAAAACUGCGGGGUCCUCCUUAGUAGCAAGACGGAGGCAUCAGAAUCCAUGAUGACCAAUGAUGUGGACUGUCAAGUGGGUGAAGAUCAAGAUGGUGCCUCAGAACUCCCAAUGUCUGUGCCGGAGGAAACCCCUGCACCGGUGAGCGAGGAGGCCACCCCAUUAUUACAGGGCUCAGCAGAUGGACCCAAACCCUCAUCAUCCGAGGGAGGAACCCACAGAGCCGGGUUUGAUGCCUUUAUGACGGGGUACAUCAUGGCCUACGUGUGGAUGCUGAAGAAGGAAAAGGGCUCGGACUCGUCCGCCUCCUGCUGCCUCUCGGACUGUCUCAAUAAGAUCUAUCUGAGCGGGAAGAACGUCCCCCUGCAGAUCGUCAAAAGCGUCUUCUCCAAGUCGUCCCGAGCCCAUGUCCAGAAGAUGAGGCUAUUGGCGAGUGUUGGCUCCUGACCUGAGAGCCCCCUGUCCUCCGAGGGAAUCGGGUGGGGUACAUCCUUCCCACAAUGAUAGAUCCUGAUCGGGGCAGUCGCCCACAGACUCCUCACCGGGCUUUAUCAGACGUAUGGGGGGGGCUCCCAUCUGUCCAGCAAUCUGGGAAAGCCAAGUGACGAUCCUAAGGGAGCCCUGGACUGAUGACGACUGGUCAGAAAGAGUCAGGGAUUUACAUUGCUUCCAUUUUGUAGCAUUUUCCAGUUUUCUGGACGCAGCCUGCAGUGUAAAGAAUGGAGGUUUGUUAUUCUUGUUGUCAUGGAUACAUCCUGGAUCGUUUUUAUAGAGUUCUUUUAUUAAAAUUCCUUCAAUCUGACAUGGAAUAAUCCACCCAGGCAAAUUUCAUAGAUGGCAUUAGGCCUCUUUCACACGGGCGUCCCGGAUGUGUCGCGUGUGCAUUGCGGGAAAACCCGCGUGAGUGCGCUCGCAAUUUCAGUCAGUUUUGAUUACGUUGCGUUGUUCAGUUUUUAUCGUGCGG